GGAAGUUGUCAACGCUUUCCACCACAAUAAAUAGCUAGCCAAUUAGCCAAUUAGCAAACCAUUGCCGCAUGUCACAUGCAAUGAGACUUUGAUCCUUUGAAAGUGUUUUUACAGAAACUGUCAAAUAAAUGGCUGACAUUCUUAAUAAACACUCAGAUGAGGUUGGAAACGUUUUAGUCCAGGUCCAGGAUGAUUUGAGACAGCUGAAGCGUAGCCUUGGCCGUAUCACCUUCCACGAGAAGGGAGAAACCGUGGACCUCCAGGCCUUGGACGCUGCCAUCUGCAGGACAGAGAGUGGGAUCAGGAGGCGUGCAGAGCAGUAUCAGAAGACAGUCAAUAGGCAGGUCCUGACACUUCCCAGCAUUGAAGACGUAGAGAAGAAGACUGUACAGAUUCCCAAAUGGAGGCCCCCCCUGGGGAGUAUCCCAGCCAUGCAUCAUCAGAGAGGUCAGAGUGUGGGGGCUUCACCCGGGGAGAAGCACAAGGCAGCGUUGGCCAUGCGUCUGCUGUAUAAUCCCGUUCAUCCAAAGAACAGGACUCUGAUGCACCGAAACUAUGGAAUUCAGCCUCCUGACCUCCGUAAGAGAUCGGCUACGACAGGGCCCACUCAAAGGGUAGUGACUGGUCCCACGGUGGGCAGUCUGGCCAUCGUGCCAGGAGGAGCAUGCAACAACCUGUACCUGCUACCACCUCUGUCUGAAGAAGACAUGACAGCAGGCAUUGCCAGUCUACUGGAGAAGGGUUUAACCGCCUCAGCCAGAGAUCUGUUCUGGACUGCUGUCCGCCCCACGGCUGCUCCGUUACACCGCAGAGAAGAGAGCUGCUCCUCCAAGAUGGCCCCGCCAGAGAAAACAUCGCGGGGUCAGAAGGAAUUGAUCUGGGGCAAGGAUCCUGGCCCCUCCCACGGUCAUGUGGGAGGGGCCAGAGAACGCCCGUCCACCUGGACCAUCCACACCCCGCCCACCUCCUCCAGCUCCAAGAGCUCCGAACACAGGCAAAUGACCCAGGGAGCCGUCCGGCUUGCACCCCUCAACCCCCAGUGUCUCCCUGCUCUGGCUUCCAUAUCCACCAGUAAGUUGUCCUUCACCAUCCUGGAGGGCCAUAUCAACCCUAUAGCCCCAGACUUCUGCCGCUUCAAGCAGCACUACUGUCUGUGCUGGGGCCUGCUGGUGGAGCUGUUGUCGGGGCUGGGGAGUCUUCUGAGACGCUAUGCUGUCCCCAUGGCCAGGGUCGACGGAGAGAGGCUGGUACAGCUGGCACAGGGCGGGGAUCUGUCCUGGGCCGGAGGAGGAGGAGGCAGUAGCUCGGUGGAGCGUCUCCUCUCGGUGAUAGAGAACAGAGAGGAGGUUUGGGACCUGGUGCACCGACCAGGGCAGCGCUACCGGGGGGAGGGAGGCACGGAGGCUGCCGCGAUACGGAUCCAGAGCUGCUGGAGGCGCCACUGGGCCCGCAACGCCUACCUGCGCCACCGCCAGAGGAAGUGGGCGGCAGGGACCAUCGCCAUCUCCUGGCUGAUGCACGCUCAACUGGGCCGCGUCAGGAAGAGCCUGCAGGAGAGCAAGAGGACACACCUGGAUAACUACCGCAUCAGGGGCCAGUAUCUGUCAGCCAACUGGAAACACAUCCAGGCUUCCAGAAGGACCAUCAUACACGUCCCAUCAUUAGGCUACUCCCAGCUGCAGCGUUUCAGCCUGAAGGGUUUUGACGUCCUGCAGAACAUCCAGUUGGGACGACUGUGUGAUGUCAGAGAUGAGAACGUGGAGGUGAUCUAUGUGUCUCCUGUGCGUCUGGGAGACGACCUGUCCCAGUAUUACACCAGACUGCUGGCUUUGCAACAGAGAGGCCAGGGAGGACUCCAGGAGGCCACGGUAGACCCAGGGGACGGAUGGGGAGGAGGGUCCAGGACAUCCCAGGCCUCCUGCACCAAACGCUUCACCAUCCUCACGCCUGACGCUCUGGAAGACUUUCCGACCCACAACAUGUGUCUGUCCACGCUGUUGAAGUACAGCCCUCGAACCCUGCGACGGAUCCGGAACCUGAUCCAGGGUCAGCAGGCCUACAUGGUGGGUGGUGUGGCCCACUUAGAUGACCUGGCGGUGGCUGAUGAGCUGGGGGUACCCCUCCUGGGGCCAGAACCUGCUGUGGCCCGGCUCUACAGCACCAAGUCUGGAGGAAGGAGGAUCUUUACUGGCGCAGGGGUCACCGUGCCCCCAGGACAGUGGGACAUAUACUCCUUACAACAGCUCCAUGAAACCCUGGCCCAGCUGAUGACAAACCACAUGGAGGUGAGGCGCUGGCUCUUCAAGAUGGACUCUGAGAUGGGUGGGCGGGGCACAGCAUACUGCGAUGUGUCUCACCUGAAUUGCUCUUCCUGGGCUCAGCAGGAGUACAGCCACCACAGUCCUGAACGCUGGAGGAAGGCCUGGGCUCAGGAGCCUGUUCUUAUGAAGUACCUGGAGGAGGUUCCAGAGUGGUUGUCCCACUAUGCCCAGCCUGUUAAGACCUCCUGUUACCCCACCUGGGCCUGUUUCCUGGACACCUUCCUGAGACAAGGUGGUGUAGUGGAGGGAUACCCCCCCUCAGACAGUGUUACCUGUCUUACAGUAGACCUGCUGCUGCAGCCAGACGGGGAGAUCACCGUGCUGUCCUGUGGAGACCAGCUCCACGGCCCCAGUGAGUUGGAGACUGCAGGAUCCUCAGUGCCUCAAACCUCUGUGUGUCCUGAUGCCCUGCACACCCUCUGUCUCCGUGUGGGACAGGCCUGUCUUCAACGCCACAUCAUCGGACAUGUCUCUAUGGACCUGGCCACAUUCCUGGACCCUAGGACACUGGAGCAGCAGGUGUGGGCAGUGGACCUGGACCUGAGCUAUAGUAACCAGUUGGCCAUGACCCAGCUGAUGCUCAUGAUGACGGGGGGAAGCCUGGACUGUCGGACCAGUCGUCUGGAGGUCCCCCUCACCAAGUCCUUCCGGCGCCAGAAAGGAUCCACAGAAACUGGUCUCCCAGCGGUGGCCAGUCGCUAUGCUGUCCUGGCGAGCCGGCUGCUCCACACCAACCUGUCCAUGGUGCACUACAGUGUCUUCUUCCAGAUGUGCAAGGCUCAAGGCAUCGGCUUCGACAUCAAGGAAAAACAAGGCACGGUCUUUGUUCUCCAUGACAGCUGUGAGCGAUACAGUCUGGGGAUGGUAACCGUCGGUGACGACCUCCAGGGAGCCCUGAUGACCUUUGUUCGUAACCUGUCCAUCAUCCAUCAGGAGAUAUCAGCUCCCAACAUGCAGGGAGAGACUAACUUUAAGGAUCUGAUUAGAGACAUAGAAGAGGUUUUGGGAAUGACAGUCCAGAAUAAAGCCCAGGCGACCGAGGAAGAAGAGAAGACUGCUGCUGUGGCUGUCCGGACUAAACUGAAUCACUGACCACCCCCCCCCCCCCCCGUCCCACACACACACACACUACUAGGAUGACUUAGAAAUGCGACCGUUUUGAUCAGAUCAAUGCCAAUUAUUCCAACUGAUCAUUUCAAACCCUAUUAUCUAUUUCUAUAUGUAUUUCAUAGAGUUUAUCAUACUUACUAGGGACAAAUACAUUAUUCUAUCCUUGGACAACUGUGAACUCUGUUAUUGUGUGAUUGUUCGAACUGUAACCUAAAAACAAUCAGGGGACAAGUUGUAUAUAGAGCUAAAAACAUUAAAAAAUACUUUAUUAUAGAUUCAAA